AAUUAUGAAGAAUGUGCUUAUUCCUUUGUAUCGAAUGACUGUUGUUACUCCCAAGAGAUAUUUCAUUCUCUAAAUUAAUCAACCGACCAAUCUCUAAACUUAAAGUCUUUAUGAUUAAGGUCAUUUAAUAUUUGCAGCAAAAAAAGAUCAAGGAAUGAUGUACAUUUUUAACACAAAGGAUGAAGUCAUCCCUUAUGAUUUUGCCACUUAAGUAUAUUUAAAUAUUUAUUAUAGGAUGGCUCAAUUAAAGAUUUCAAAAUAGAAGAAAUUGAAUUAAGAACAUAAGGGGAAUCUAAAUAAUUAUCACAUUUAUAUAAAUUUAGAUGAUUUUUUUGAUUCACAUAUAUAUUUUAAGUUUAAAAGGAU